AUGGGCAAAGGAAAGAUCUGUGUCGCCUUCAGCGGUGGUCUCGACACCAGCAUCAUCUUGAAAUGGCUCAUCGAUGAGGGUUACGAAGUCGUCGCUUUCACUGCCAACGUUGGCCAAGAAGAGGAUUUCGAUGCCAUCAAGGAAAAGGCCCUGAAGCUCGGUGCCGUCAAGGCCGAGAUUGUCGACCUUCGCCGGGAAUUCGUUGAGGAGCUCUGCUUCCCCGCUAUUGCUUGCAACGCCAUUUACGAGAAUGUCUACCUUCUUGGUACCUCUCUGGCUCGUCCGGUGAUCGCCCGUGCCCAGAUCGACGUCGCACGCAGGGAGGGAUGUUUCGCUGUUUCCCACGGUUGCACCGGAAAGGGUAACGACCAGGUCCGCUUCGAACUCGCCUUUUACGCCCUUCAGCCCGACAUCAAGGUCAUUGCUCCCUGGCGUGACCCCGUCUUCUACGAGCGUUUUGCUGGCCGUAACGAUCUCCUCGCCUAUGCUGCCGAGAAGGACAUCCCCGUCACUUCCACCAAGUCCAAGCCCUGGAGUAUGGAUGAGAACCUAGCUCACUGCUCCUAUGAAGCUGGUAUUCUCGAGGACCCCGAUAUCACUCCUCCCGCCGACAUGUGGAAGCUCACUGUUGACCCUCUCUCCGCCCCUGACCAGCCUGAGGACUUCACCGUCCACUUCGAGAAGGGUCUUCCCGUCAAGCUUGAGUACACCGAGAACGGCGAGCAGAAGACCGCCACCGAUGCUGUUGACCUCUUUUUGACUGCUAAUGCCAUUGCUCGCCGCAACGGUAUCGGCCGUAUCGACAUUGUCGAGAACCGCUUCAUCGGCAUCAAGUCUCGCGGCUGCUACGAGACCCCUGGUCUUACCUGCCUGCGCUCGGCUCACAUUGACCUGGAAGGUCUUGUUCUUGACCGUGAAGUCCGUGCUCUGCGUGAUCAGUUUGUCACCGUCAACUACUCUAAGCUUCUGUACAACGGUCUCUAUUUCUCCCCCGAGCGCGAGUUCCUCGAACAGUCCAUUGUUGCCUCCCAGAAGUCCGUCAACGGCAAGGUCCGCUGCCGCGCCUACAAGGGCAACAUGAUCAUCCUUGGUCGUUCUUCCGAGACCGAGAAGCUGUACGAUAUGUCCGAGUCCAGCAUGGACGAGAUUGGUGACUUCUCGCCCGCCGAGACCACCGGUUUCAUUGGUGUGUCUGCUAUCCGUCUGAAGAAGUACGGCCAGAUGAAGCAGGCUGCUGGUGAGAAGAUGUAA